UAGUACUGUACGUAGGUCGUAGGAAAGGGGGGAUAGUUUGGGGGAAAUGGUUUUUCUUCUCUCCAGUACGUAAGAACAUCCCCGUUCUUAAAUUUUCAUGCAAAGUACUUCAAAAUUUUAAAAUACAGUAAUAGGAUUCUUGCUUCGACUUCAUGAAUAACCGUUGGAAUGACCAACACUCGAUCAAAAUAGGGCAGCACCGAAAACAGUUCUGUGCAGACCAAAGCAAUCGACCAUUUAUUUUCUACUUCCACCAUGAUGAACGACGUAGUAGUCGGUCUUUUGUUGGACGAGGAGAGUGAAGCAGACAACAAGAAAGCACGAUUCCACAAUGGGAACUCAUGGGUAAACGUGGUCAAAGAGAAACAUGAUCCCGCGGAAGCAACGAUAACAAAUAAGAAGCCGGUAUAUUUGGUUCGAGGGUCAGCGUUGUCGUCUUCAAAAGACGAAACGCCUGUGUCUCCUGUCUUGGAUGGCAACGGGAAAAUCCUUGUAGCCAUUCAAAGCUUCCGAGGUAUGAACUAUGUGUUGUGAAAUCCUUGCUUCUCAACAGCAUGCCAUUUUCCGUACCAUGCAAUCCUUGGUUAAGAGCUCCACGCCCAUCACUUUAUGGUACAAAGCUCAUAACAUUGUAACAUUGUCAUAAUCUCUUUCAUCCUUGCAUCGUGUGAAUGAAAAAUCCCGACGUAGAUGGUGAGCAAUGUGGCGAUGCCUUGGUCGAAUUGUUCAAAAAUGCAAAAGAUCCAGAUAAUGUUGUUGUGAGUCUCGUCGAGCAACAGAACGAAGAUGAUCCAUACUGUGUCGAAGUCUAUUGCAAAAUAUCAGCAGGAGUUGAGGUAAUCGAACGCUCGGACUCAAUGAUUUAUUCGAUCGACGAAAAUAAGGAAAAUUGUCCCCGAAUAAACCAGAUCCGUACGGUACGAGUCCAAGACAUUUAUUCAAAGGGGCCGCCGUGGGCUCGGGCACUGGGACGUCGCUCCUUGGGCAACGAAGAAUUUUGUUUGCAAACUGUUGCCAACAGUGCCUUUGUUGAGAAUUGGGAUGAAAAAGUCCGAAAGGAAUGGAUCUCAGUGAAAAAUGAAUUUGGCAUCAUUAGCAACCCUCCACAACCAAGGGAUAAAACGGGCGCAUACGAGGUGCCGAGGACUUGCACCAUUGAAUUUUUAGAAGAGGAAGAACUGCCCCAUUAUAAUCCCGAGCCAGAUGGAAAAGUCGAGUUUCUUGAGGAACCCUUGCUAUCACACACUUGGUCGCCAGGCUUCAGUUUCUCGAAGUGUCACCUGGAAGAAACUGCUCCGGCGGAUGGGUUUCUUCCAUAUGUGUCCUCGGAUAUUGAGGCUUUUGCACGGUAUGCUCGAUUUUGGACGCGUGGCUAUGAUGUUUACACACCUACACAAAAUAUUGUAUACCUUCAAUCUGGUGGCACCAGCGAACAUAGUCAGGAAUGGAUUACUAAUCAUGGCAGUAGGAAGUCUAUUGUGAGGGAAAAAUCAUUGAAAAGGAUUCGUUCCUUCCUCGAAAUUCAAAGCCAGGAUGACGACGACUCAGUCAUGGAGAAGCCAAAUAAUCUGGGUAUCUAUGGUAUAGGGAAACGACGAUCUCUCUCACAGUUGAACGCAUUUGUGGGCAUCACUUUGAAUGAACAGGUAUCGCGAUCCAGUGAAAUCCCUUGCGGGAAUUUUCAUUGGGUACCUUAUAAUUCGGAAAUAUCACCGAUGAAUAACUUGUACUCAAAUCCAAACAACCUCGACCCACAGCCAGAAUAUCCGCUACGAACAAACCAGACUUUUCAAGGAACAUUCGAACAAUCAGGACAAAAUCUCGAUGCCAAUGACAAAGAACCGUUCGCGCCAUCAAUACGGAAGGACUCCGACGAUCUUCCGUAUGGAACAGUGUUCAUCUUUUGGGUGAUCGGUCUAGUUGUUUGGUGUUCUGUUUUUGGAAUCAUGGCUCCGAAGAGACCAAAGCGAAGGAAGAAGAAAAGACAAAAUACAAUAAAGAACAAAUAGGUCCGUUUCGAGCUUUAAAUCGCGUGAUCUCUGCUAUGUUCAUGUAUGCCAAUGGGAAAUAAUAUAAAUAUAAAAUG